AUGCUCGUCUUGUAUGAAACCGGAGCAGGCUAUGCUAUAUUCAAAGUUAAUGAUGAGAAAAAGCUAAAAAAUGUAGAUAAUAUCUGGGAUGAAUUUUCCACAGCUAAAAAGGCUCAAGAACAACUGCAGUUGAUCUCUUUCAAAAAAUUCAAGAAUACUGCUGAAGCAGUCGAAGCCAAUACUUCUAUCUUUGAAGGAAAAGUCAACAAAACUUUGAAAAAGUUGAUUAAGACUAGUGUUGAAGAUGGCGAGAAUCUUGCCGUAGGAGAUGCUAAGCUAGGAAAUUUAAUCAAGGAAAAGCUAGAGGUUAGCUGCGUUCACAAUGCUGGAAUUAGCGAGUUGAUGAGAGGAAUCAGAACUCACGUUGAUUCUCUUCUUGGUGAACACAAAACUGAGAUGAAUGCUAUGAAUCUUGCUGUUGCUCACUCCUUGGGAAGAUACAAAGUUAAAUUCAACCCAGAAAAGAUCGACACCAUGAUCGUCCAGGCUGUUUCGCUUCUUGAUGAUUUAGACAAAGAGUUGAACAACUAUGUUAUGAGAUGCAGAGAGUGGUACGGAUGGCAUUUCCCCGAGCUUGGAAAAAUAAUCCAAGAUCAUAUGGCUUUCGCCAAGGUUAUUAGAGCCAUCGGUAUGCGUCAAAACGCAAUCAACACUGAUCUCUCUGAAAUUCUUCCUGAAGAACUCGAAACCAGACUUAAGGAAGAGGCUGAAAUUUCUAUGGGUACUGAUAUCUCAGAAAUUGAUUUGAUUCAUAUCACUGGUCUCUGUGAUCAAGUUAUUGAAUUGACACAAUACAGAACUCAACUCUUCGAUUACUUGAAGAACAGAAUGAACGCUCUCGCUCCUAACCUAACUUGUCUUCUCGGAGAAUUGGUCGGAGCUCGUCUUAUCUCCCACGCCGGAUCUCUCGUCUCUUUAGCAAAGGCUCCCGCUUCCACAGUUCAGAUCCUUGGAGCUGAGAAGGCUUUGUUCCGUGCUCUCAAGAGUAAAAAAGAUACUCCUAAAUAUGGUCUCAUCUACCACGCUCAAAUCGUUACUCAAGCUCCUGCCAAAUUGAAAGGAAAGAUGGCCAGAAAGCUUGCUGCUAAAUGUGCUUUGGCUACCCGUAUUGACGCUCUUUCUGAUGAAUCCAAGGCCGCUGAAGUCGGAUUAGAAUGCAGAGCUGCUCUUGAAUCUAUCUUGAAGAGUGAAAUGGAAAGAGGACCCAAGAAGGUCGGAGGUUAUGCUCACAAACACGAGAAAUAUAAUUUCAAGAGUGAAACAUUUGGUUAUGACGAGUCUAAUGAUGCUCCUAAAGCCAAGAAGCAUCGCUUUGAAGACGAUGAUGAAGAUGAGAAGCCUCAACCCAAGAAGGCUAAGACUGAAGUCGCAGAAGAAGAGGAAGAGGAGGUUCCAAAAGAGAAAAAGAAGAAGGAUAAGAAAAAGAAAGAUAAGAAAGUCAAGGAUGAAGAUGACGAUGAAGAUGAAGAAUAA